CUCACAUUGAGUCACAAUCUCUUCGACAUUGCUUCCAAGGUAGAGCCAGCAGUGGCAAUGUGUUGAUCGUAUGCAGCAGCAGCAGGCGGUUACUGGAACUGGGCCAAUCCUAUAAUCUGGCAUUAACUAUAUCUGCGAUAUCAGCUCGACCAAGCCGAGCACGGCCGCGAGUCGCUCUGUGCUAGGCAAGCCCCCUUACUCUGCUCCACGAUUACUGCCUGGCUGCCUCGAGUAUUCCUAUACUAAAGUAUAAAUAUUAUGGAGGCUGAGGCUCGCCAGUCACAGCACUCGUUGCAGCAUGCUCCAACUCCCGCGUCCCCGACAAAUAGCGUAGAUCCCGUACAGACCAGUUCUUCCCCCGAAGGCCGUCCAUCUGAAGACGUGUCGUACUCCGCCUUCUACACUCCUGAUCCUGGGAUUAGUGCACUGUCUCUUCCUCCGUCCCCGUCAUCGUCCACGUCACGCACGCGGCAAUAUGACCAACUGCGCCAAGCAGGCCCUCGUGAUUCAGGCAUUGAUACAAAUAUGCACACCAAUCGGACCAGUGGUUUCUUCUCUCAGUCCAUGCCUAACUUACCCCCUCUGAUGCCUCCUGUCGAUGACCGGCCUGAUCUUUGGCAGACUGGCUUCGAACCCCCAACAUUUCGUCCUCGUAAUCCAGGGGUUGAUGCCACGCAUCAAUGGCCGCAGCAUGACCAUGCCCCGAACUUUAACCUCGCUGCGGACGUGCGGAAUCAUCCGCGUCCUCCACCUCAUGGUUUUAGAAGGGUAUUCGCUUUCUUUGGGUAUGGAACAGGAAACAGAUAUAGGAAAGACUUAGUAGCAUUAUUAUGGACUUUGAUCUUCGGUUUCAUUCAAUUUGCUAUUGCCUUAUCCAUGAUCAUCUACUCCGUUGUGCAUCGAAGUCCACGACAUCCGUCGAUAUCCGAAUGGAAAGCGUGCGACAAGCCGCUGGGCUUAUGGUCGUGUUUCUGGAUUGUAAAAGUUGGUUUAGACUGCUGUAUGACCUAUUGGGGCUGGAGACGUGACUGGAAGAGCCGCCAGCGUACACAAAACAGUCCGGAGGCAGACGCUGAAACAGGCGCUUCUGGAUUGGACACCAUUACGCCGGUAGAUACAAAUAUGGAUCCACCGACCAUUGGUUCCGGGGACAGAAUUGGAUCUGUGGACAGACAAAGACGUCGACUCGAGACUAAUUCUCAGCACGCAAGACUGUAUUCUAGGUUCUCAUUACUCCUAUCACUAAUAAUAAUCUCAUGGUUCCUUACGGCACAAAUCCUCAUUUUUACCUCCCUUCCUACUUGCCGAAAGGAUGCACCUCAUCUAUGGUGGUUAGUUUUCAGUUUCCUCUGCCUCCAGUAUCUAGUCCUUUUCGAAGUGUUUGCCACGGCCGUAAUCGUGUUCAUCAUCGGACCACUCAUUUACUUGUUUUGGAACAUCAUACUCAUCUGCCUCGGUCGACAUCCGAUGCAAAACCCACAUUUCAUUUCUCCCGAAAUCGGUAAGAUACCAAAGAACGUAGUGGACCAGAUUCCCCUCGUGCUUUACAUUCCUGCUCCACCUGACGGUGCGGACGAGAAGAAAGAUAUCAGUCUCACUGGAGUAUCAGACACUACGAUGAAACCCACCGAAAUUGCUACUACACCAAAAGUAGGAACAGCGGAACACACAUAUCCUCCUAAACAGGCAGUAGCACCGCCGAAACGGCGAUUUGCUUUCCUUAGUCGCAAAGCUGCCAAAUCGGUUUCAGCUGUUGACACUUCGGGGAAGACGGCAAGUCAAGAGGGUGAGAAACCUGUUGCGACUUGGGAGGAUUGUUGGGAAAGUGGAGAGUUCCCGUUUGUUCGUCUUGAUGCAAACCGUGCAUCAUGUGCGAUUUGCUUGCUUGAUUUUGAAGAACCGAAACGGCGCGUUGCACGGGAUGUGAUUCGUUCCUGGGCACAGAAGAACCGAGAAGGGGAUACCCAAUCUCUUAGGAGCAGACGUUCGCAGGACCAGGAAAUGCCAAUGAGACGACCUUCAACAACUUCCGAUGUUGUUGUGGAAGUUCAAGGCGCUUCCUCAUCAAGUCAAAAUCAAGCCCAGGAUCAGGAUCCAGCGACUACUACAAAUCAACCUGAAGUAGUACAACACACGAUUUCCUCUUCUGAUAACUCAAGUGACGCGGACAUUCGAUCAUUACGACUUCAAGAAGCAGGUGAAGGUGCUCAGCCGCUUCGACUCCUUCAAUGUGGACAUGCUUUCCACAAAACGUGCGUCGACCCCUGGUUAACGGACGUUUCCGGCCGAUGUCCAACUUGUCAACGACCAGUCGUUUUCCCAAAGGAGCCAAAGAAGAAAUCAAAUCGUGUUGACACGCGGUAAACCAAGUAAUCCAUUGUUUCCUCUUCUUUUCGUCGUUUCUUCCGUUACUUGGUCGUACUUAGUUAUUCUUGCUGUCUGAACAAAUUUUCGUCUCUUUCGUCCUUUCCGUUUCCCCAACUAGCAUGUGUAUCAAGACAUUCACCAUGUUUGUUUCCUUUAGUAUCCUCAUUCCACGAGUCUAUUGUGUGUCCUUUAUGUAC